UUGGGCUUGGCGUAUUGGGGCCGGUGGUUUACUUGUUACCCUAACUUUGGGUUUGGACCAUGUUUUGUAUUGUUUUCAGUUCUUGUUUUGGCGAAAGGAUGUGAAAGAUUAAACCAUUCGCCUGUCAUGAGUUGUUGUUUCCUGAGACGAUUUGGGCGUUUUGGAGCUGUGGGGACCGCGGCUUUUGGUUCUACUCUGUUGUGCUCUAAUGACAGUGCUCGUUUUAGAGCUUCGGUUGCAUUGCGGGUCCCUGAGCCAUUGCAGAAUUCCCUAUGGUUGACAUGUCCUGUGUUGCGUGAUUUGUCUCCUCAACCUUUACCUUUUCCCGACCAAUUUGGAAUGCGUCUGCUCUAUUCUUAUAGAGUUAGUCCGGUUCCAUCGUCUGGUGUAUCUAAGGAAGCUUCUGCGGCUGCUGGUGAUGAGUCUAAGCCACAUGAUUGUUUUGGCAAAGAUACUAUUGCAAAUGCAGCUGCUAAAGUUGGUCCUGCUGUUGUUAAUAUUGCAAUUCCACAAGAUUUUUUUGGUAUUACUAGCGGAAAGAGUAUAGGUUCUGGAACAAUCAUCAACAAGGAUGGAACAAUCCUGACAGCUGCUCAUGUUGUGGUUGAUUUUCUAGGCACUAGAGGUUCGUCCAAAGGGAAGAUUGAAGUUACUUUGCAAGAUGGAAGAACAUUUGAGGGGAAAGUCAUAAAUGCUGACCUGCAUUCAGAUGUUGCUAUUUUGAAGAUUAAUUCUGAAACCCCACUGCCAGAAGCUAAAUUUGGUUCGUCAAGUAGGCUACGUCCAGGGGAUUGGGUAAUAGCCAUGGGCUGUCCACUUUCUCUUCAGAAUACUGUCACUGCUGGAAUUGUAAGUUGUGUUGACCGCAAAAGUAGUGAUCUGGGUUUUAGUGGCAUGCCAAGAGAGUAUUUACAAACCGAUUGUGCAAUUAAUAUGGGAAAUUCUGGAGGGCCUCUUGUCAACAUGGAUGGAGAAAUUAUUGGGGUUAACAUCAUGAAAGUGGCCGCUGCUGAUGGGUUGAGUUUUUCUGUGCCAAUUGAUUCCGUGUGUAAAAUUUUAGAGCAUUUCAAGAAAAGUGGGAGAGUAAUACGGCCUUGGCUUGGGCUAAAGAUGCUUGAUCUUAAUGAGAUGAUUAUUGCGCAGCUUAAAAAGCAAGAUCCUUCGUUCCCUAAUGUCAACAAAGGCAUUCUUGUACCAAUGGUAACUCCCAGGUCCCCUGGAGAGCGUGCAGGUUUCUUCCCUGGUGACGUUGUUAUUGAAUUCGAUGGGAGACCUGUUGAAAGAUUAAAGGAGGUUAUUGAAGUAUUAGGGGACAAAGUUGGGGUGCCCAUUAAGGUACUAGUAAAAAGAGCGGGUGAUAAAUUGGUGACUUUGACUGUGAUCCCGGAGGAAGCCAAUCUCGAUGUGUAAAGGACUGGUGAUGCUUUUUUAAUCUGUGAACUGUGAUGCGUUUAUUUCUGGGUUGCUGAUGAGCUCAAUUUUGAUUACAACAAAUGCAAGUGACAAUGUUGAAAUGGAGACCAUUUUUGUGAUUUGAUUAUCUCAGGGUUUGUUUGUUUCAAAGUUGGAUUCUUGCCAUUAUUUUCCCUAUUUUACCAAAAUUCAAACCAUUCAAUAUUCAAUUAGCACCCAUACGUUUAAGUGGGGAAUCAAUGGAAAAGGAAAAUUAAAUCCUUGAUGAUCUUA